AUGAAGGUCGCUAUUGUGAUUGCUGCUCUGCUCGGAGUCUUCCUAACUCCAAUUUUUGCUAAUGAUAAUGUGAAUGAAAACAAUCAGGGAAACGAUGGCGGAAACUCCCACCAGACUGUGAGCAUCAACAACGAUAAGCACGUGGCCAACAUUGACUCAAACAAUGGCUUGAACUCAUGGAACUCCAUCUGGGACUAUGGCAAUGGUUACAUUGCAACUAGGAUAUUUUCAAAGAAAGCCUGCAUCAUUGCUAAAAUGAACAAAAACGUUAUGCCUGAUGUUGUAGAGCUUCCCCAGCUGAUUAAAGAAAAGAAGAAAGCCGGCUCUCAAGGGCCUCCCCCAGUGGAACUGCAAUUCGCUGUCUCAAAAACCAGAGUCAGUGACCUGGCCCCAUAUGGGAAGUCCGUUGAAUCUAUGUGCAGAGGAAUUUCAACCUAUGUUGCUCGCGAAGCUCAUGGAGACAAUUAUUCUGGACAAUGUUUCAAGACUAAUAUAAUGCACAUGAUGACAUUAAACUAUUGCAGCUAA